UCCCACGCACCUUUCAAUGGAUGCAACUCAGAUCCCGCGACAUCUGGUUGAAUCACACCUCAUACACGAUGGGCAGAAUUGAGAUCCCAACCAAGCAUCGAUUGGCGGCACCUUUCAAGUCAAAGGAGGCAUUCGUCGACUUCGCCAGAGCUCCCCAGGGCAAUGAUGGAACGACUGUUGGUAAUUCGAAAUGGUCAAAUAAGGAUCUCGAUCCAACUCCAGUGGAAGACAGGACAUGGACGUGGUACAAUCUUCCUUUGUACUGGUUCUCCAAUCAAUUCUCUCUAGUCGGUUGGAACACAGGGUCAGCUUUGGUGACCGUGGGCUUGACAUGGCAACAAUCGUUCGUCUCGGCAUGCAUAGGAUCCUUCCUUGCUGCUGUCGUGGUCGUCUUCAUGGCCCGUCCGGGCGCUAAAUAUCACAUCGGAUUCCCUGUCCUUGCUCGCUCCGUCAUGGGCAUGUAUGGGUCGUACUUCUUCGUUUUCAUUCGAGCCGUAGUGUGCAUCAUUUGGUAUGGCAUCCAGACUUUCUAUGCCGGCAACAUCCUUUCCGUAAUGCUUCGUUGCAUCUUUGGUUCCUCGUGGGACAACUUCGCGAAUACACUACCCGCCAGUGCCAAUGUAACUUCGAAACAGCUUCUGACCUUCUUUCUGGCUUGGCUUAUGGAGUUCCCAUUUAUGUGGGUUCAUCCAAAGAAUAUUCACUACAUCUUCACCGUCAAAGGCUUCGUCAUGCCCAUUGCUGCCUUCGCAGUUUUUGGCUGGUGCAUGAAGAAUGGUGGUGGACUUCGAUCUAUGGACCUUGCGUCCGCAGAAGGAGAGUUCUCAGCUUCAAAGACCCCGUUGGGCUGGAGCAUCAUGGCUGGCAUAAACACCAUCUUCGGCUCUCUCUCGCCCAUGCUGGUUAACCAGCCCGAUCUCGCUCGUUACUGCAAAAAGCCGCGUGAUGCAGGAUCUAUCCAGGGCGUCAGCGUGUUUGUGGCUUCUGUCAUUGUCUUCUUCCUAGGCAUGGCUUCGACAACAUCCAUACAGGCAGUGUGGGGAGAGGCAUACUGGAACGUCUGGGACCUUUUCGAAGCAAUUCUCGACCACCACUUUACCUCGGGCGCUCGCGCUGGCGUCUUCUUUGCUGCUCUGGCUUUCUACCUCGGUGUUUUUGCUACCAACUUCGGUGCCAAUUCAAUUCCGUUCGGCUCCGAUAUGACUGGUCUGUUCCCAAAGUGGCUCACCAUUCGCAGAGGACAAGUGCUCUGCGCAGUCCUUGGUGUUAUUGUCCAACCAUGGCAGCUGAUGGCCAACGCCUCAGCCUUCCUCAGUUUCCUCGGUUCCUACAGCAUUUUCAUGGCGCCAUUGUGCGCAGUAAUCAUGGUCGACUACUUCAUCGUGCGGAAAGGCAACGUGCACAUCCCCUCCUGCUACAUCGGCAACAAAUCCGGGCUCUACUGGUUCUGGUCCGGCGUCAACUGGGUUGGUGCUGCAGCGUGGCUACUCGGCACCACCAUGGGUAUCCCAGGUCUCAUCGGACAGUAUCAACCGCAGCUCAUCAGCGACGCUGCUAGAUACAUGUACAUGAUGGGCUGGUUGUUGACUUUCUUCACAUCCGCUAUCCUCUACUACGUCGCUACUGCGUUCAUCAAGCCGCGCAUUUUCCCGUCGGGCUUUGAGGGCACACCACUUAAGUUUGAGUGGUUGGCUAAUGAGGGCCGUGAGGGGUUCUUCGAUGGGGAGAGGGAUGGUGGAGAUGUGUAUUAUCCGUCUACACCGCCUGUCACCGAUGGCGAGGAAGUAGAAGUUGGCGAGAAGUCGGGCAGGGCUAAGAUGUGA